AUGGCUGGUGUAGCGAGCAAAUCGUGGGCCAAAAGGCUACAAGUCAAGCAGCGUGCCGGCGAGGAAGACGUGUGGGAGCAGAAUGCCUGGCUCAACCGCGACAACGUCCCCCUGCCGCCGUCCCGUCGUACAUGGGGCUACUGGUCGUACGUGGGGUUCUGGGUCACGACCGGCGUCAACGUCUCGGGGUGGUCUGGGGGUGCGGCGCUGCUCGGUCUAGGCCUGACUGUCGGGCAAGCGAUGGCGGUGACUGUCGCUGCGCAAGCCAUCAUCGUCUCGGUAUGGAUCUUGACCGGGUGGGUUGGGGCGUACUGGCACGUCUCGUUUCCCAUGUGGAGCCGCUCGGUAUGGGGCAUCAAGGCAGCUUACUUCCCCCUCAUCAAUCGGAUUAUUCUCUCGUUUACGUGGACGGCGACACAGGGUUGGUUUGGCGGACAGUGCCUCAAGGUCUUUCUCGGCUCAAUGUUUCCAUCCAUUUACAGGAUGAAGAACACACUGCCAGAAAGUGCGUUUAUGACCAAUGCGGAUUUCAUGUGUUUCGCCCUCUUCACCGUCUUGACCAUGCCUCUGCUUCUUAUUCCGCCAGAACAUAUUAGGCGACCGAUGGUGUUUGUAUGUUUCACAAGCACAGUCACGGCAUUCACACUGUUUAUUUGGAGUCUGGCGCGCGGACACGGCGGCGGACCACUCAUGAAGCCCGAAGGACUCGCUUUGCUUGGUGUUGAGCCGGCUCGUGGGUCCCAGCUCGGCUGGGCCGUCGUGUAUGGAAUCAGCACGUCGCUGGGGUCGAUCUGCGCUGGAAUCCUCAACCAGAGCGACUAUACUCGUUUCGCUAUACGUCCAAGCGCCCCAUUCCUUACUCUGGCACUAUGCCAACCUGUCGUUGGCACACUCACAAACCUCAUUGGCAUUGUAUGUACCUCUGUCGCGGCACAGCAUUAUCCCGACGAGGGACUGCUGUGGACGCCGUACGAGCUCCUCCGCGUUGUACAGAAACACGGUGGACCUGGGGCACGUGCCGCCGUCUUCUUUGCAUGUGGCGCAUUCGUCCUUUCCCAGUGGGGCAUUAACGUGCCGGGUAACCUCCUGGCGGGAGGCAUCGACCUCACCUCAUUAUGGCCGCGAUACCUCAACAUCCGUCGUGGCGCAUACAUCACCCUCGCAAUCUCGGUGGCCAUGUGUCCAUGGGCGCUGCUCAGCGGUUCCAACACCUUCCUCUCGGUGAUGGGCGGGUACGCCGUCUUCCUGGCGCCGAUCACUGGCACUCUUGUGUUUGACUUUUUCUUUGUACACCAGCGUAAACUCAAGCUCACAGCCCUUUACGAGUGCAACUCGUCGUCCAUCUACUACUAUUGGAAGGGUGUGAACUGGCGCGCUGUAAUCGCAUGGGCAUGCGGUGUCGGGCCCCUCUUCCCGGGAUUCCUCAACAACGUGGCUGGUACUCGCGUCCCGGAAGGAAUCAAGAAACUGUACUUUCUCUGCUGGCCUCUGGGCUUCACUGUCUCAGGAGUAGUGCUAGUUGUCCUGUCCAAGGUCUUCCCGGUCGCGGGCGUAGGCGAGGUGGACGAGCUGGACGUCUUUGGCACCAAGGGCGAGCCGGAGACGACGCGGGGUACGGCCAAGGACGAGUUUGUGGUGAAUGAGCUGCAGUCGUGA